GUUAAUAUUAUACUAUCCCUGUAAUAAUCCCUCCGAAGAAAAACUCCAAUAAUGCGAAAUUAAAAAUUAAUAAUCCCGUUGUCAUCUUCCUCCUCCCAUAAAUUCCCUAUUACCCUAACCCUACCUCGGAGCUCGGCCCGUUCGGAAUCCAUGGAGCCUUACAAGUAUUCCUCCUACGAGGGCGACUCCUCUCCUCACCCCCGCGAGGUGGAGUACGAGGGCGCCGUGGCCUGGGACGACGCCACCCACUCCUCCGCCGCCGCAGCCGCGCGGGUGCGGCUCAUGGUGAGCUAUGGUGGCCGGAUACAGCCGCGCCCCGGCGACACCCAGCUCUCCUACGUCGGGGGCGAGACGAAGAUCCUCUCCCUCGACCGCUCCAUGCGCUUCGCCGCGUUCCAAUCCAAGCUCGCCGCCAUGGCGGGCGCCGACGAGGGCUCCGUCGUCGUUAAGUACCAGCUCCCCGACGAGGACCUCGACGCCCUCGUCUCCAUCACCAACGACGACGAUCUCGACCACAUGCUGCACGAGUACGAUCGCCUCCUCCUCCCUCGCUCCUCCUCCUCCUCCACCGGUUCCUCCUCCUCCCGAUCAUCCGCCCCGCGCCUUCGCGUCUUUAUCUUCCCCCCCAACCCCCCGCCGCCCCCCUCCGCCGCGCUCCUCGAGCCGAGCAGGACCGAUCGCCAGUGGUUCCUCGACGCCCUCAACUCCGCGCCGCCCCCUCCCGCUGCUUCCGCCCCACCCCCCGCCCCAGCGCCGCCGCUCCAGCAGAUCGAAAUCCCCGCCGCUCCGCCACCGAUCGCCACCGCUCCGCCACCACCCGCGGCGCCGCCGGCGCCGGCGCCGGCACCGGCACCGAGCUCCGAUUACCUCGUCGGCGGAUUCGACAGGGGCUUCGCGCAACCCCCUAUGGCGAAGGCCAAGGAUCCGCCCUUUGAAGCCGCGUGGAAGCCCGAUCCGACGAGGGAGAAUUGGCAAAUCGGAGGCGAUCCGGCCUUCUCCGCCGUCUAUCCGGUAGAAUUACAGAGGCGAUUUCAGGAAAACCUCAAGAUCACCGAUAAUCAGCCGCCACCGCAGCAGCCGCCGCCGCCGCCGCCAACGCAGAGGAUGAGCGGCGAAGAAACCUUUGCUAGGGCUUACUCUUCUCCUGACUACUACCUUCCAACUAUGCAGGAGAAGCCCCCCGCACCGUCUCCACCGGUGGGGCCAAUGCCUACUGGCUACAUGCCGGUGCCGAGGAACACUGUAAUCCCCCCCGGGAGGUUCACCUCAGCUGCCGGAGGGGACCAACAACCCGUGUACUUCAUCCCUGCUCCUACCACCGCAGGAGCUGUUUACACGCAACCGCCACCGCAGCCGCCACCGCCGCAAGGGUACCUCACCACAGUGCCGAAUUUAUCCCCUGCAAAUGUCUACCGUGAGCCGGUAGUUUACGCGAUGGCGCCGACGCCAGCACCGGCUCCCACUCAGCCGCAGGGAUCCGUAAAGGUUGUGAGCCAGCCAUCGGAAGGGGUCGGCAUGGUGCGCAUGCCGCAGGGGCCGGAAUCGACUUUGGCCUAUGCGCCACCACAAGUGGCCUACGACAGCACGGGCAGGGCGGUUUACUAUGGCGCGUUCCCGUCGUAUCAAGCGGUUACCAGCAUUCCUCUCAGCACAGAGCCUGCGAGGCCGGUGAAGCCGUCCCAGAUUUCUUGAUCACUUUGGCAGGAUGAUGCGAGAUACGUUCUCUGUUCUAUCCAUGUUGUUGUCCUUAUGUUUAAUGUUGUUUGGUUUAGUCUAAUGCUAAAGCUAUCGCAUGUAAAUACUAAUUGUUAUUGUGAACAUGAUCAUAGUGUAGAUGCAAUGUGGGAGGUGGGCAUAGUUGUACUGCUUUGUUUUCCUAAUAACAUGGUGUUAAUUUAUAACUAGAAUGUUGCAGUGGAUACUUAGAUGACACUCUGCAAGUUAGCAAGUGGGUUGAUUUAGAUAUUUGUUGCUUAAUGAUCAGACGAAACUCCGAUAUCAUUUUUUUCCCUUUUAA